GCCAGUCAGUCCCGGUCCGGGCUUCUUCGCGGCAAUAUUGCUCGCUCGACAGCUGGUAUCGUAUAGACGCGCCCGUUCUUUACAUACCACGUUUAACGACAGCUCAAACAAUUUCACUUGUCAUUCAUGCGUGUCAAUGGUCAGUCGUCGAUCACGAGACAAAGAUCGGCGAUUUAAUUGGAAAUUUAAUUUAACGGUCGGUGCCCAUAUUGCAGCGAAAAUCUGAUGGUCCAGUGAAAUUUUAAAGGUACCCCAAACAGUGAAAGUUUCCAAUCGAUUGAUAUACACGAAACAAAUACGGUGACUGUUUUGGAUAGUUUGUUUUUUUGGAAAAAUGUUCCGCAGUGUUCGUACUCCGUGCUGACAUCAAGAGCCGACAAUAGGUGUGCAUAAACCGAUUUGGUCGCGUUUUGGCGGGAAUUAUUCUUUCAAAAAAUUAUUACUCUCUUCCUCUUUUUUACAAUUCUUUAAAUUGGACACUCGAGUAUUUUUGUUCUAGUGUAAAGUUUUAUCAGAGAAAGUGUGACAGAGAGAAGUAUCAUUUCCUGGAUUAGAAGUGAUCAUCGAGCUGUAAAUACUUUGUACGAUCUUUGAUAUAAUCGUAACACGCGUUACUUGGACCAGAACAGUGGAGGCUGAGGAUGCCUGAGGCAGAAACAAAAACGUAGAAAUCGCGUCGCACCGGCCACGAGGAUCCGAUUGAUCGAGAUCGCGCGCAUCCGCAGGCUCUGAAUAGCGAUGCGGUUGCAUUCCACGGCAACGAUAGUUCCGCAUAAUCACUGACACUCUGCAAGAUGCGAAGCGAGGUAGGAGAAUGGCUGCCCACCUGUGUAGGUUCUCCGAUAUGCAUCCUGCUGUUAUCUUGGUCGCUUCUGAUUUAUCAGAACCAGCCAUCCUCGGCGAAACGGAAGAUCGACGUGUUCACGGUAGCCAUUCUCUCGCAGAGUUUGGUUCACCAGCUUGGAUUGCUGUUGUAUGCCAUUCUUACUCUCAUUCGGCCAACUAAUCACUUUGGAGAAUUCUGCUCGACCCUAGUCUGGGUGCUAAACUCGUCUAGCAUCCUUCAAGAACUGACACUGACCUCAAUCGCAAUUUUCACCGCGAUAAGCAUGGGCGACGAAGCAUUAAAUCUUACGAAAAAUCAUCUUAAGUAUCAUCUGGUCAGUUUAAGCGUGAUCAGCGCUUGCGUUGGUGUCACUGGAGUCCUCAACUUCGAACCAGAUCUCUGCGUCUUCCUAGCGCAGGAGAUCUCUCUGAAAUAUGGAAUUUUCAUGAAUUCACUACGGUGUCUGUUGGCAAUGACGACUGUGGUCAGCCUGCUGAUGGCUUUGGUCAGGAACAUCUGUCGUACACCGAAAGCCGAGUUGCUGAAAUCAGUGUCGGAUCUAUCGGAAACGAGUUCGAAGAAUUCUUCAGGAGCCUUCGAAUGCCAUCCUCAACAUUGGGAUCCUUCGAGUGGAUCGUGCACCAGUGGAUCCACUAACAGCAGAGCUUGUUUACGAAAGAAGAGAGUCCAGAUAGACGAAGCUAGCGGAAGAUCAACGAUUUACAGCAUUCUCUUCGUUUGCUAUGUCUUUCAAUAUCUUCCAGUUUUGGUCAUAUCUAUCAAGCCAGGUCUGCUAAGGGAUUUCUGCACAACCCAGAAUCUGGCGACUUGGUUGCCUCUGGUAAAGGACACCCUGCUGCCGGUGUUUCUGGCGCUGUUCGACAAAAUGUUCUGUCGCUACGUGGCGAAGGUCUACACGAAACAGGAUCACGCGAGGAGAUUAUCUCACGGCGGCAUUGAUGGGAAGUUUCGUCACUUCGAGCAGGACGCCGAGUAUAAGCUGCAGUUGAACCUGAACCACGGACUCAAGUUCCCCUUGACUAACGGAAGCCUCUACGGCCGGUUGCACAAUCAUCAGAACAGAGGCAAAACUGGUACGAUAACGAUGGGGAUACAGCACUACCCAAGAAUACAAUCUCUCAACGAGGACAAUAAUUACGCUUCUCUCCCCGCAGAACUCUCUUCCUACGCCAGCUCGACCUUCGAGCCACGCCAAGAAGCAAACGUUGUGGAAACAACGAGAAAGAGCACCGUGGACCAACAGAACAAACGUCCAAGACCAAAUGAGAUUUUCCAGGAGCUACCCGGCAGUCGUCGAAAAAUUGGUAGUACCGACGUCUUCGGUCAGAAUAUGGAAAACCUAGUCCAGCUGGAUGAUCCUUGCAGCAAAAGGAAGUUUACGAAGAGUCUAGAUGAGAUUCGAGAAGAACCUCCGAGAAGGCACGCAAGGAGCGCACUUGGCUUGGAAAAUUUGAUCAUUGGCUUAGAUAACAAUCUGCAGGAAGAGCCACGUUGCCCUAGAAUCGCUCUGAGGAGAAAUCAGAGCUUCGAUCAUGCUAAAUGCCAAUCGUACCAUCGAUCAGCGCUGGACUCGAGGACGUACGACUUAAGGAAGCAAGAUCAGAAGAAAGAACAGCAGAAUAUUCAGAGAGAGGAGACUCAGGAGGAAGGCGAUGGUUAUGAGACUUCCGAUGAUGAGAGCUGCGAUUUGGAGAAUGGAGAUUUCGAUACCAUGAGCUCUUGCAGGAGUCGAAGCAGAAGCUGUUGCUCCGUUACCACCGUGGCCAACGACGAUUUCGAAUACUUUCAACGUAAGGGAACUAAGGUGGAGCUGCUGCCCUCGAAGAGAGCCAGCGAGGUAAAGGUCAACAUGCGAUCUUUCACGCCGAGGAUCAUCGAGAACGGGACGGAAGAGAGGAGGAACAACCUGAUAGACACGAAGCCGAGCAUACAGUCGUAUCAUUUGAAGAAAACGAGAAUAGGGCCCGGCUACUCGAUGAACGAUCUCGACAAGCUCACAGUCGAUCGGAGGAUGCCGAAUCUUUCGAUCGAGAGCUUGAAGAGCACUCUAAAAAAUUCGGACGUCAGCUACCUGGACAAUGGGGACAUCUGCAGGCACGACAUUGGCGGAUCUGCACCUGACUUCAAGAAAAUCUUCGUUACUGAAUUUAUAUGAAAAUUCUGAAGGACAGAAUUUGUGGAAAUUUCUUUGAAGAGAACGAUCUGCGUUUUAGUGCACUCUAAUUUUUUGACCUAUUUUUCAUCUUUUUCCUUUUUUGUUUGUUUCUUUUCUUGAUAGAAUUUGACCAGUAAAAUUAAAAAGGAUACCAAUUUUAAAUUUAGGGUGGCAUCUUUAGCCUAAAUUUAGGACUGAUUACAUCAUAAUCAGGGUAGUCUAAUUGUUACGCUUGAAACUAACUUCUUCAGGUCUACUAUACAAACACGCUAUCGAAACAUACAGAAGUUAAUGGAAAGUUUACAGUGCCCCGAGGUGAAGUCAAUGAUUAAAAGCAAUGAUAGCAUGAUAGCCAAUGAUCUUAGUAAAGUAGGUUGGAGAAGAUCUUGGAUGAAUUAACAAUAGAGUGAAAGACGAGGAUAAGGAGGAUUGUACAAAGUGUUCAUUGUAAUAUAAGCCAAUAUUAUAAUUAAUUUCUUUUAAGAAGCUAAGGUAUAUCUUGUACAAAACAAUGGCGAGUCAUUUCUGAAGAAAAGCGUAAGACUUUGGCACGAGAGGAAUGGAAAGACUGUACAAAGUAUUCUUUCACAAAGAGACGUGUUCUUCUUUUAGAAAAAUUAGGACUGAUCUUGCAUUAGAAAUCUUAUAUAUAGAAUCGAUUUUGUAAAAUGUACAGAAUUUUUCUUUAUACAAGAAGAUCGUUAAGGCUGUAGAAAAAUUUGCUCUUUUACGAAAGCGAGGGUCGUGCCUAAGUAGAAAUCGCGAGGUAAUCUCCCGCAGUUCCUCUAAGCCUAAGAUCUAGAAAAUUAUAUAACAACCACACGGAAGUAGCCGGAUUGGAAAGUUUGCAAGAAUGUAGUCAGCGCGGUUAAAGAAGAUAAUUAAUCCAAUUGUGAGUUUCUUGUUUUCUCGUUCGAUAAUUAUUGGCUUUUCAAGGUUCGAAUAAAUACAGUCAGGACGCGGAAGGACGCAUUUAAAUCUUUCCAGCAGCUAAUUACCGAUAUUUGAACGAGGAUAGAUCGAAGUUCGAUUUAAAGAUCGUAUGAGAGCGUGUGCGCUAUAUAGAGAUACAAAUGGAAAGGAAAAUUAAUUAAAUCGUGAGUUUCCCAUUUUCUGUUCGAUAACUAUCGAUUUUCCAAAGCUUAAUAUAAACAGGGUGCAAGAAGAUUCCUUUAUACCUUCGCAGGUUUUCUUGUAAUUGCCUGAAUGAUAUUUCAAACGAUGAUAGAUUAAAACUCGAUUAAAAAAUCGUAUGAAAGCAUGUACGCGAUACGGGGAAACAAAUGGAAAGGAAAAUUCGAAAAAACUGAUUUGAAACGGUGAUUCUGCGUUUUAAUAGAACGAUACAUUGCGGUGCGUCAUCUGUCCAUAAAUCACGACCGGCCGACGUAAUAACUUAUGGGUCUGGAAUCGAAAUUGCAACGAGGCUGAGUUACGAUCCGUAUAGAUACGAGACGAUGUCUAAACAGGAAUGGUGUAAAAUAUGUGUAAAAUAUGUGCUCCCGUUGUUCCCACAAUCCCGUAUCGGCCAUUUACGUAACACGAGAUGUUUUUGAAAACAACAUGUUCAACGCCUUCGAUUAUUGUAUAAAGAUCGUUUUGUAUAUAUCUUGUACAUUUUGUACGGUAUUAUUUAAUUCAUUAAAUAUACAUAUAUGUGUACGUGGCAA